CCCCCUCCCCAACUCUCCACAUCUCUCUCCCUCACAUCAUGUUAGCCUCUCCUAUCCAUCACUGCAGAACCAGGAUGGAGAAAUCCCACUCGCCCUCCUCUUGCCUCUACCUAACUCUUCCUUGAUUUUGAUUCCAUUCUGCAAAACCCCUUCCCUUCAUCUGUGUCUCCUUUACCCCUCCUCCCCUUCUCUUUCUCUCUAAGCAACAAUUCAAAGAGGAAAAAAAAGGAGGGAGAGAAGAAGGCAAGGAAGAAAGAGGAAAGGACCAGUGAGAAUCCCAGACUUUCAAUGCAAAGCAAAAGGAAACGAAGAAAGGGCACCACUGCGAGCUGUCUUCCUUGCACGCUGUACCAACUGGUGCCAGCCCGGGUUCCUAUUAUGAAGACAUUAUGAGCUGCCCGCUCCAGACUUGGGUGUUGACUGCUUGCCUCUCUCUGCUGCUUUGUCAUUCAGGUUUUGUUAAGGCGGACGCACAACCUGGCGAUUUGCGGAGGCAUAUCCCAAAUGUCAGCUGGCGCAAGCGAUGGGGGGCUUCGGAAGUCACCUACCCCACUCGGCUGGUGGGGCAAAGCUCUGGGGGAGAAAUCCAGAGGCCUCAGUUGGACACCCGAGUGAGAAGAGAGACCAGCAGCCAUGGAGAAGGAAGAGGAGAUGGAAAAGGUGACAACCCUGUUAUACAUUUGGCCCAAGUGAGCUUCCUCAUCCAUGCCUUUGGCUCAGCCUUCACCCUGGACCUUGAACUGAACCACCACCUGCUCUCGUCACAUUACGUGGAACGUCACUUUGGUCAGGAUGGAAAUGUCAGCCACACCACGGGUGCUGGGGAACACUGUUACUACCAAGGCCAUCUCCGUGGAGAAGUGAACUCUUUCGCUGCUCUGUCCAGCUGUCAUGGCUUGCAUGGUGUUUUCUCCGAUGGAAAAGCCACGUACCUACUGGAGCCUCACGACUCACCUGAGCACCAAGAGGGGCCACUCCCUCACCAAAUCUACCAGACACCUGUGCCUCGCACUGCCCAGAACUGCACAGAACCAGGGUGUUUAUUUGCUGCAUUAAACAACUACAUUCCUACUGGGCUCCCCAAACUGCGGCGUCGGAGGCAGGUUCACCGAGGUCAUCGGACCGUCCACAGCGAGACCAAAUUCAUUGAACUCAUCAUAGUCAAUGACCACCAGCUGUUUGAACAGCUGCGCCGUUCUGUUGUCCUUACCAGCAACUUUGCAAAGUCAGUGGUGAAUCUUGCGGAUGUGAUCUAUAAGGAACAGCUGAACACACGUAUUGUCCUCGUCGCCAUGGAGACAUGGGCCUCCGGGGACAAGAUCCAGGUAGACGAAGAUUCCCUGGAGACUUUGAGCGAGUUCAUGAAGUAUCGUCAGGAUGGCCUUCCGGAGCACAGCGAUGCCGUACACCUCUUCUCAGGCCAUACUUUCCGAAGCAGCCGCAGUGGUACGGCUUACAUUGGAGGGAUCUGCUCUGUUGCCCGAGGAGGUGGGGUAAAUGAGUAUGGCAACGUGGGAGCGAUGGCAGUAACAUUAGCACAGACCCUGGGUCAAAACAUUGGUAUGAUGUGGAACAAGCACCGAGCCUCUGCAGGGGAUUGUCGCUGUCCUGACUCCUGGCUGGGCUGCAUUAUGGAGGACACUGGUUACUACCUGCCACGUAAAUUCUCGCGGUGCAGCAUUGACGAAUACAAUAGGUUCCUGGCUGAAGGUGGUGGGAGCUGUCUCUUUAACAAGCCCUUGAAGCUCCUUGACCCGCCUGAAUGUGGCAAUGGCUUUGUGGAGGCAGGUGAAGAAUGUGACUGUGGAUCCUUAGCGGAAUGCUCCAAGGGUGGAGGAAACUGUUGCAAGAAAUGUACGCUCACGCAUGAUGCUAUGUGCAGUGAUGGUUUAUGUUGCCGAGGAUGCAAGUAUGAGCCACGAGGUGUUGUCUGCCGAGAAGCUGUGAAUGAGUGUGACAUCCUGGAAACCUGCACGGGUGAUUCUAGUCAGUGCCCUUCCAAUAUGCACAAGCAGGAUGGCUACUUUUGUGAUAAUGAGCAGGGCCGGUGUUACGGAGGUCGCUGCAAAACCAGGGAUCGCCAAUGCAAUGCAUUGUGGGGACGGGCCUCCGCUGAAAGGUUUUGCUAUGAGAAGCUGAAUGUAGAAGGCACUGAGCGAGGGAAUUGUGGCCGUGAGGCAAACCGCUGGGUGUCCUGUGUCAAGCAGGAUGUGUUGUGUGGAUACCUCCUUUGCGCCAAUGUGACGGGCCCUCCACGUAUGGGUGAACUUCUUGGUGAAAUCACCACAAUGACUUUCUACCACCAGAAGCGUUACGUUGACUGCAGGGGUGGCCAUGUACAACUUGUGGAUGGCUCGGAUAUAAGUUACGUGGAAGAUGGGACACCCUGUGGGCCCAACAUGCUGUGUCUGGACCACAAAUGCCUUCCUCUGUCGGCCUUUAAUUUCAGCACCUGCCCAGGCAGCUGGGGUAGCCAGAUCUGCUUUGACCAUGGGGUGUGCAGCAAUGAAGGCCAGUGUAUCUGCUAUCCUGACUGGACAGGCAAAGACUGCAGUGUCUAUGACCCUAUCCCGGAACCUAAACCUACUGGGGAGACAGAAAAAUACAAGGGUCCUAGUGGCACCAACAUCAUUAUUGGCUCCAUCGCUGGAGCCAUCUUGGUGGCUGCGAUCGUCCUUGGUGGCACCGGAUGGGGAUUUAAGAACAUUCGCAGAGGAAGGUCGGGAGGGGCUUAGCCCCAACUCAUUGCCCUGAUCUUUGCGCUGCUGGGUCUGUAUUCUCAUGCCGUAGGGUGGGGAGGAAGGUCAACAUGCCUUCCUUUCCCCUUCCUGGUCAGCAAAUAACCAACAUCCCACGCCACCAAGUCUUCCAUUGCCUCUUGGAUGGAUGUGGGCAGGAGAGAUGCCCUCCCUUUCGGAGGGGGCAACAUUGCACUGCCUUGCCCUGCCCCACCUUGCACUACGGGAACAAAUUCCCCUGGACAGCCUCUGGCUCUGCCUUUCUCUCUUGCAGAGUGCUCCAUUUGUCGUCUCAAGACCACGUUUCCUAGGGGAUGCAGGGCCGAAACGGGAUACUGCUUCUACCCUUAACGGUUUUACGUCUGUGCCUCACUUUGCUAUGCCCACCAAGGAAUGUUCCAUGUUGGAUACACCAAAAAGCCGUGUUACAAUCCAGGGGCGCAGCGUUGUUCCUGUCCUCAGCUUCUGUGCCUGGAAGACACCCUGCCUGCUCCUUCCCUUGGAGUGAACUCAGCCUUGGAGGCCAUGUGGAUAUGAGUAUAGUCAAUUGACCCACCCCCCCUUCUCUACAGCCCCCUCCAAUGCAUCAGUGCCACCUAUAGUUCUCAUAGAUCUUACUACCUAUAGUUCUCAUAGAUUGAUUGUAGGCAUGUGUCAUCUAGCAUACCUAGUUCUGGUGUUCUCGAGCCACAGCAGUGACAUGCGGAAAUUCACAUUUAUGACUAGUAUUUGCAAUGAUUCUACUAUAUAUUUGCCAACUAGAACUACUCCCCUCUUUUUAUAUUUUGGUUUCUAAAGCCUUGAAAACAGAAUAUAUUUCCGUGGUGCUAUCCACAAGAUCAGCUGUAGGAGUCAGCCAUCCUUGAUUUAGGGGGCAAAAUAUUACCUUCAGAAGCUAUACAUGCACCAAGGCAGUGUUCCAGCACGUCUGUUUUAAAGCUAAGCAGAACUGCAGAUCAGUGAGUGGAUCAAUAGUAUAAAUCCUUACUCCUUCCAUUCCACUAUGUAAUGAAAUUUGAAACAUUUUCUGUUCCUGGUUUGAAAGUGUUGUUUCCUGUUUAAUUGUGUGGUACUUACUUGGAAAGUAGUACUUAUACUCCAGAAACUUUGUUUUUGUGGCUGCCACAAAUAAUGUUUGAACUGGUUGAGACUAUGAGAUAUUCAUUGAAAAACUAUAGCAAAAUGUGCUACAGAAUGUUCUACAAAAACAAAGUUUUUGCAGUUUAAUAAACUUGUUCCAUAUUUUUAUGAUAGAACCUAUUAGGAAAUGACAUUUAUAACCCAGGAGCAAAGAUCGUGUUGCAUAGUGUUGUACUAUCCCUCCCAAGGUAUUAUAUAUUUUCAUAUCUUUGCAUACACUCCUUUGGAAAAGCCCCACCUAAAAGAAUUGCUUAUAUCCGAAUGUGGUCCCUGAAGACAACUGAGGUUUAGUGGUUAGAAUAGCUUCUCUGCAUAUUGCAUAGGCCAAACCCCUGGAAUGAUGGGAACCAGAUUAAUGGAUUCAGAUCAGAUGUUUUUAAAAAAAUCCUAGGUCUCCUGAAUCCAUUGAUAAAUUUUGGCUUCCCUUUCAAAAGAGAACCCAUAGAUACAUCUACCUUUGUAGUUUUUUUAAAAAAAAGAGAGAUUUAUGUAUGUAAAAGUGGCUUUGAGGCAACUAAUGCUAAUACAUACAGCAAAGGGACAAGUUACCAUAUGGGUUUUUUAUAUAUAUAUAUAUACGAUACAUACUUUCUCAUGCAAGCACAUGAAUGGCUAGAUACCACCAAAAAUAAUAAUGUAGGCAUUUUCCGUCCUGGAAAUGAUGGGUCUUUAGCACACAUUUUAAGCAUAGCCUUACUGUAUGUCCAAAGUCUUAUUUCUUCAUCACUAAGUAAUCCUGCCUCUCCUCCCGCAUGCAUUUCAGAUUGUUUUUUGUUUUUGUCAUGUUAGUCAAUCAUAUCACAAAAAAGAAAAGGUGAGAGGAUGGGGGGAAAAGAAAUAUAGCAAUACUGAUUUAUAUUUUGGCCUGAGCUUUGUGGACAUACAUCCACUUCUUCAGAUGCAAUGCGAUAGGGUGAUAUUAAAGCUUCAAUAUCAGUCCCUCGUUUCAUCUGAGGCAGUGAACAGAUCUCCAUGAAAGCUCAUGUGAAUACUUAUAUCACUUAUGACCUUAUCACAUAUGAAAAAAAAAUAUGCAUCUUAGGAUGCUUCUGCUCCACUUCACUCACAGAGCCCUAUGCCGCUCAUCAUACAAUGGCAGGACUUUUGGCAGGGCUUCAUGGGUGAACUGGGGCAGCACUGUGGUAGGACGUUGCACCACCAACAUGGUAGCCUCCCCAUGUUCCAUUAAGAACAACGGGGCUACCGCCAGAUUAAGCCACACUAUGACGCUUCCCCAUGUGUGAUGGGGAAGCAUCAGCUGCCAGCUGAGGUGCCAGGAUUGUCCCACUACUGCCCUGAUUCACCACAGAGGCUGGUGAACCACAAUGAUGGACCUCAUCCAUGUGAUGAAGUUCUUAGUGUUCAAAAUGUUACUUUUCCAACUCAGGGCAAAACUAGAUUGGAGGCAGAAACAGCAAGCGUCAAAGUAUCUGCUUGUCUUUCUAUUCUGCAGCUAAAUAUAGCUGGAGGUGGUUAGAGAGAUAGAAUAGGAUUGACUUCCCUUUCUCCAUUAUUGUGACUAGGAUCCCAAAACAUACCCAGUGGGAGUUUUUCACAGCUUGGAUAUAUUACAAGGGUUAUCCAGAAAGUAGAUUACGUUUUGGAAUUAAAAAUGAACGAAGUAUAGGAGAAAACAUUUACCAUAUGCAGUUGAAAGCCACACCCAAAUACCACUUCUCAACAUAGUCACCAUUCAAAUCUAGGCACGUAUCAUAGUGAUGAAUGAGCUUGGCAACUCCUUCCUCACAAAACUCUGCCGCUUGUGUCCUCAACGCAGCGUUUUGGCAACGAUGCGCAGCUGCAGGAAGGAUGACCGGCUGGUUGAGGACGCAAGCGGCAGAGUUUUGUGGGGAAGGAGUUGCCAAGCUCAUUCAUCGCUAUGGUAAGUGCCUAGAUUUGAAUGGUGACUAUGUUGAGAAGUGAUAUUUGGGUGUGGCUUUCAACUGCAUAUAGUAAAUGUUUUCUCCUAUACUUUGUUCAUUUUUAAUUCCAAAACGUAAUCUACUUUCUGGAUAACCCUUGUACUUUUGGGACUGCAAGUACCAUCUGCAGUCACUGCCAAAUGCCCAUCUGGACAAGGAAAUGUGCCUAAUUCUGUGAUUCACACAGAAAUGUCAUCAUGGGGUAGGGGCAUGGCCAUGUAGCUUUUUGAAGGGUGGUUACUUCCACUCUCUAAAACAAAUAUGUAUAAGUAUAGGAAAGAAGAGUGUAUGAAGUGGUUCAUGUGUUGGACUGCGGAGUCUAAGGACCUCAUCACAUUGGGAAAUAUUCUGUUUUUGUCGGUAUGCAUCACAUGGUUUUUUAAAGUACAAGAUACAUACUACAUUCAGAUGAGAUGCAUACUGACCCCAUCACACCUGAUUCUUACAUUUUGAAAAUACUGUGCUUUGACACGUCACAUCAAGAAAGGCUGCCUCCUUCCAAUCUGAUCAAAUGCCCCCCUUAUAUGGCUUUUAAAUUAAUUUUUCUUCCAGUGACGUAGCCUGGAGGUCUCAAAUUACCAACCUCUUGAAAUUUUAGCUGAUGGAAUGCAUACUGAUUUUACAUUCACAUGUAAAAACAGUGCAUCAAAAUCAUGUUAAAUCAAAAAACCACGAUGAGAAUCCCAUGUGCUCUUACUCCAUUUCUGCAGCUCUUUGCAGACAAAUUCCAAUGGAUUACUGAUGGAAGUGGACAAACGGCAUGUUUGGAAUUGCAUUCGUAGAGUCUCACAAAUGAAGUAUAUUCCAAUGUGAUAAGGUCCUAUCCUUUGAUUCUCUGCUUGUCUAUGUAAACCCAUUGGCUUACCAUAAGUGAGCCAUGCACUCUUAAUGCCAGUACAUUGUGAUAGAUUCCCUCUAGGGUCACCAUAAUACUGAAACAAUGUGAAGGCACACAACCAUAACAACUGCCUAAAAUUGCCGUUUCUGAAAAUUAGAACAAAGUGGGCUUUGACUAGGAAAUCACUGAGAAUCAACACUGUAAAUACAGCUUCCCCCAGACUGGUGACCCAUUCAGAUGCAUUGUACUCCAACUUCUCUCAUUUCCAACCAGCAUCCAUAUUGGUUGUGCAGGUGAGAUGAAAGGAGGUAUAGUCCAAGACGUCUGUUGGAGUGUGAGUCUGGCCUAAAUUUAGAGAUCUACUUACUACAGCUUCUACCAUAUAGCACUUCUCUAGAUGUCUUCAUCUCUAGUAGAUAAUCAGGGAAUAGUUGAUUAUUGUGUCUGAAAAUUACAGGCCAAUUAAGAAGGAAUUAGCAUGUCGGAGUGGCUAAUAAUCCCGUAUAGGCAACUCUUUGCAAACUUCCCUCCUUCCAACACUUUCGGGAAAGAUGCCCAUGUAAUUUGUUUUAGAAUUGAGUCUCUUAGGGAUUAAAGGGGUAGAGGUGCUUUCCACUCUGGUGGGGAAAGGGAUAAACCUCCCACCUCUAUAUACUUCAAUCACAGUAAUUAUGUUCCUUCUUGCCACACACGACUACCAAAAGAAAGAAAAGACAUAGUCCUCAAUGAACAUUCUGCAUUAAGUGGAACUCUUAGGAGAGUUGCUUGUUUAGAUUACAGUUGCCAUGCUGAAUAGGGGGUUGCGGGACAACAAGCAAUGUAGAGUAGAUCCUUGUGUUAUUGGUUUUUCGUUUCACCUGCAGACCUACAGCCCAUGCAGAAUUCUGCAAAAUUUCUCAGCAUCUUGUUUAUUUUUUAUCAUGUUUCUUCCUCCACAAAGUAUAUUUUUAUCCAUUUUUCCUCUCAAGCUGCAGAAACUGGCAACCCAACGAGGGCUUCUUCCCAGAAACACAUGUCUUUUCGCACAACCCAAUUAUAAUACUUGGUUGGGUUAACUACCAUGGAUCUGUUCCAUAGAAUUCUUGGAUUUAGCGUUUGGUGACAGAAUUCUAGAGAUCCCACCCCAAGUUUAACUCCCAGAGUUUCAUAGGAUGUAUUCAUAGGAUAAGGAUCCCAUUACAAUACCUGAGUAGUGUAAAAAAACCCCCCAAAACCCUGGUACUGUAAUUGCAGACCAAAAAAUGUCUUCCCAGAUUAACUCAUCGCCCAAGACUCUCCCUUAUCUUUCCCCAUACUAUCCCGUUAGAGCUCCACAACUUCAUAAAAUAGAAAAUACCGGACAGAUUAAGGACCAAACCUAUCCUGCCACACUUUGUCACAUUUACUGAAGCUCUUCCCUCCCCACCCUGUUGAGGUUAUAGAUGUAGAAAAAUAAUAUUAUUCUGAUGUAUAGUUCCUUUGUCCACAUGACGGUCUACAGGUUGGCAAACUGACAUUCAAACCAGGUAAGGCAUUUUUCUCCUGAGACCAAAAGGGUUUUGUUUUAUUUUGUUGGGAAGAGCAGACAAGUUUGCAGGUUGCACAAGAAUGCAGGUUACUAAAAGUCUGGUUGAGUGAUUUUGGAAUUUUGGGGCUUUGCUCAGGUAUAUCUGUUUUGUUGUGAAGUUAUUAUGGGUGUGGGUUCAGCUUAGAAUGCUUUCUAAAAUGUGUGUGUGUGAGAGAGAGAGAUGAUUGUGAAUAUAUCUGUGUGCUUGAGGUGCGUGUAUGUGUGCAUCUGUGUGUGUGUAUGUGUGCGCAUGCACACAAACGUCUGUAGCUGCUGGUGCAAUGGACAACUUGAACCCUUUUUUAACAUUCGCACAGUAGCAAGGAUCAAGGCUCCUAAAAGCUUCCAGGCCGCGCCGUGAGGAAGAGGAACAGCGGACGGUGUCGUCGCAAGAAAAAGCACAACCGCAAAGGAGGACAUUGACUUUUGUGCUGUGGCUGUGCUCGCCUCGGAAACCUGCCAUCUCCAGCACUUGCUCCAGCCUGGGGAGAACUAGAACUCUAAUUUCUGUUGCACAUGGGUUGUAUAUAUGGGCCUCCUUCUGAGCAGGGUGCCCUUGUCUGCAUAUUGACUAACUCCAGUGCCGCUUCGGGGCACUCCUGUAGAUACACAUUGUACCUUCAUUGCACACGCUGAAUGUUGAAGUUUGGGCAAAAGGGGAAGGGGUUUCUAAGCCACCGAAGGAACCAUUUGGGGUCUUCUGCUCAGGCCAAUGCCACCGGCUAGAUGCCAAGCCUUCUCGUUUUGUGUUCCCUGCUACGCUGCGCACAUACCUGCCGAUGUUUGCUCCGUUUCUUUCUUUCUUUUUCUUAAAGGGGAGCUGUUUCAGCUCUGCUCCUGACUCCUGAAAUCCUGGCCAUCAAUAAAAUAAGGGCCAAUGUUUGAAGGUUUGAAUUCCGACAGAAUUCUGUUAAUCCUAAUGUAUACUACAAGGAAAAAACACUUAAGAUGCAUCCUACUGCCAUUUCUCAAGACUGAAAAGUAAAAUCCUUUCCUCCUCUUUUCUUGAUUCAACUCUUCUUCUUGUUGAUUUGUGUAUGGUGACAACUUGCAAAAGUUUUAUCUAUAGAGAAAAUAUGUUCCUGGAGUAAUAUCUCGACUGAGCUAGGUUUUGCUUAGCUUGACCAGCUUGUUGAUGAAAAGAUUUUUUUUCAAAGGGUUAUACUCUAAAUGGUGUUAGAUUUGUGAUCCAGCUUUCAGGAAAAAUGGGAUUUUGUGAUCAAUUUUGACAUUUAUGUCUGGGAAAGCUUAUUGAUUGAUGUGCACUCCAGACCUAUGCAUGUUUAGUUUACACAGGAGCUACUCUCACUGUAUUAAAUGGGAUGUACAUCCAGGUACUUGUACUGGCAUAGGAUCGUCACUCUCCUAAGUGCAGUGUUUCUAAAACAUGGUAAUCUUAACGGUAAUUCUUUCUUUGGCAAGGUUUCUUCUGUUCAGCUGUUGGGACAAUGAUUGAAGGUAUUUUGCACUAUGAUAAAUGCUGACUGUGUAGUGUAUUUGCACUCACUGUUCUUAUGCUCAGAGCCAUGGUCGUUUCAUGAUUAUAUCAAGUGAUGUGGGUUGAGCUCUUGCAGACACAGAGCUUUGAUACACAGAGCUCUCAAAGAAAUAGGCUCAGGGCUAAAUGAAACUCCUGUACUCCAGUUUCCUUUAUUUGCCCCAUUAACAUACAGAUGAACCUACCACUUUUCUUUUACAAAGCCUUUCUGGGACUCUCCUUCCAGUUCUGCUUCUAAAUAGGGUUUCCAUUCCAAGGAUCUAGAUUUCCUUCCAUGGCGAAUACUGUUGUGCCAGACUCCUCAAUUGGGGAAUACUAGGAUUGUCCCUGCCCCAUAAGUGGGCACCGGAUUAGAAAGAUCUGCCAUGCUACAGUGCUCAAUAGCACACCAACCAACCAUUUGUUUGGCAUUGUUUCCUAAGGAUGUGUUGGAUUUCUCUCAAGUUCUUCUUGAAAUAAAAAAUUACAUAGAUGGGUGUAUCUAUGUAUAUUUGUAUGUUUAAAAAAAUCCUAUUUCAAGUUACUCACAAAGCUUGAAAGAUACCGUAUAUGGAGAAAUGAAAUAUCAAAAUUUGGAAAGCGUUAAAGCGGAAUAAUGCAUUUAAAAAGUAUGACCAUUUUGCCUGGGAGGCUGGAUCUACACUGCCCUAUAUCCCAGGAUCUAAUCCCAGAUUAUCUGCUCUGAACUGGAUUACUGUAUAUGACUCUUCACUGCCAUAUAUUCUGGAAUAAACAGAUAAUCUGGGAUCAAAUCCUAUAUAGGGCAGUGUAGAAGGGCUGGAGAUAAUUAAUUCCAGUAUCCAUUUGCUUUGAUGAUAUUCCUUUUUAAUUUGUCUCUCUACUAAUCAUUAACAGUUUUCUAAACCAUGCUGGUAACUUAAAGGAAAGGUUUCCAAGAGCUGGUCUGGUUAACUUGAUGUUGAACAGGUAGCAACAGAGCUCAGCUCCUUUACAGGUUCCAGGUUUCAAAUUUGGGAUUUAUUGCUGCAUUUACAUUGCCCAAGUAAUAGUUCAUAAAGUAAGGUAACCCAACCCCCCCCCCCCCCAAAAAAAAAAAAGGCUUGGAAAUACAAUAAGCAGAACAUAAAUUCUCAGAAAAAUGAGGAUAGUCAAAUAAUAACACUAAGUGAAAAUACAGGGUGUUUGAAAAAGAACUCCCUAGUUUUAAUGUAAUUUACAUUAUUAAAUUACAGUAUUAAAAAUUA